CUCAGCUCCGUCUUCCACGCUGAGCGAGAGCAAGCUAGCUGCUCCCUCCUACCGAGCAAGGGCGCAUUCGUCUCCAAUACAAUGGCGCGGCCACAGCAACGGUAUCGCGGCGUGCGGCAGCGCCACUGGGGCUCCUGGGUCUCCGAGAUCCGCCACCCCCUCCUGAAGACGAGGAUCUGGCUGGGCACCUUCGAGACGGCGGAGGACGCGGCGCGCGCCUACGACGAGGCGGCGCGCAUCAUGUGUGGCCCGCGCGUGCGCACCAACUUCCCGCAGGACGCCGCCGCCGCCGAUGCCGGGCACCGCCAGGCCGCGUCGUCGUUCCUCUCCCCCUCGCUCGUCGCCAAACUCCACCGCUUCAACCUCGCGUCCGUGCAGGCCGCGCAGGCGCGCGGCGGCAAGGCCGACGCCGCCUCCGCGACGUCCGCCCGCCCGGCGCCCGGCGCCGUGCUCCCGCGCAUCGCGGCGGUGCCCGCUGGCAACGCCGGCAUGGGGAUCGCGCCCUCGCCGUCGGCGGCCGCGGCUGGGGACUGGAGCGGCGGGUUCCUCGAGGAGCAGUACGUGGACCAGAUGAUCGAGGAGCUGCUGGACUCCAACUUCUCCAUGGAGAUCUCCUACUAGCAGCUCCACACGCGGCGUCGGUCGCUCCCCUUCCCCGCCUCCUCUGCUCUGCUUCAUCUCUCUGUUUGGCUUCGUCAGCUAGCGAGUAGUGAGCUAGUAGUAGUAUUAUUAGCCAUGCCAGGAUGAACUCGGGGUUACUUUAAUUUGGUCAGACGAACGAGUUCUUGAGCAGCCUCUUGUGUAUACGGUAGCAUCGUCAGAGCAUAAAAAAACUUGGAUUGAACUCUUUUUUUUCUUCUA